AUGCCUUGCAUUCGUUGCCGUAUCUGCGGAACUCGAGUUGCAUUCGUUGAAGAUUACGUUGACAUUGAUGUUGUAUGGAUUCUCUCUCUCUCUCCCUGCAUCUACUUUUCCAUCUGCUUGCAAUUUGUUCUGUCAACACAUCAAAUGGUUCUUGAAUUAUUCUUUUCUGAAUUUGUGCACCAAACCACAGAACCAAAAAAACAUGGAAUUCAGAACACUUUGGAGACGUUGCCAGGAGGGAUCUUUAAGAGAGUGUUUAAUGUUCUUUUACUAGACAAAGUAAAUUACCGUGGAAUUACACAAGUUCAAUCACUAUUUGGAACUACCGUAGCCAGUACUUACUGUGGCCAAUGUAGAACGAUGCUCGGAUGGAAAUUUAUUGCAGUCACCCAACAGAACAUGUGUGUUAGGGAAGGAAGAUACCUUAUGAAAUUGAACAAGCUUAGUUUAUCGAAUGGAAGCACUAAUGAGCAAAAUGCUGAUCAAGAUGGAGAUGCUAAUGAACAAGAAGUGGGCGCUAAUAUGCAAAUUGUUGAUCAAGACGAAGACACAUAUAAAGAAGAUGUGGGGGAUAUUCAGUACAAUGUUCGUAAUUUCUUGAUGCAUCUCAUCUGUCAAAAUGCUUUUCAAGGUGGAGAAGCUAAUGAACAGGUUCCUAAUGAACAAGAAGUGGGCGCUACUGAGAAAAAUGUUGAUCAAGAAGAAGGUGGACGCAGUAAUGAACAGGUUCCUAAUGAACAAGAUGUGGGCUCUAAUGAGCAAAAUGCUGAUCAAGAUGGAGAUGCUAAUGAACAAGAUUUAGGCGCUAAUAAUGAGCAAAAUGCUGAUCAAGAUGAAGAUGCUAAUGAACGAGAUGGAGAUUGUUGUAGUUGCCUUAUGCAGUGGUUUAAUGUUGAAGUACCAGAGGGCGAGUCAUAUCAUGAAGUAAAAGAUGACAUGACCCUAACUGAUACUUACUGCAUCGAAUGCAGAGACCGGCUCGGGUGGAAACUUAUUGAAGUCCCCCAAGACUGUUGGUAUGAAGAAGGACAAUUCUUGAUGAUGUUGGAUAAGCUUAGUUACUGUAAUGGUCAACUCUUGGCUCAUAAUCAAGCUGGAUGUGCUAAUGAGGGAAAUGCUGAUCAAGAGGGAGGCGCUAAUGAGGGAAAUGCUGAUCAAGUGGGUGGCACUAAUGAGGGAAAUGCUGAUCAAGAGGGAGGCGCUAAUGAACUAGUUCCUAAUGAUCAAGAUGGAGGCGGUAAUGAGGAAAAUGUUGAUCAGGAUGGAGGCGACAUCAAUAGCUUCAUACUGAUGAUUUACGCUUUCACUGAUGCAGUCACUAGAGUUCAUACUACACAACACAUAGUAUUACUACUUCAUAUUGAAGAAAAGCAAUUGAGACUGAACAUUUUAUAUGUUAGAGCUCGGGAGUUGCUUCUUGAUUCAACAAUGGGAAGGCUCUUUAAACUUGACUAUGAUGAUAUCUUUACUUAUGAUUGCAUCCAUUGCCGUAUCUGCAGAACUCGAGUUGCAUUCGUCCACAAUUUCUUUCCUAAUCUAAAUGACUUAGUGUCAGAAGGGUUCUUUAGUAACGUGUUUAAUGUUGAAGUACCAGAGGACAAGCGAUAUCAUCAAGUAGAAGGUGGCAGAACCCGAGCCGAUACAUACUGUGUAGACUGUAGAAACCUGCUCGGGUGGAAACUUAUUGCAGUCUCUGAACCGUCUAGGUAUUGUAGAGAAGGAGGAUUCCAUAUGAGAUUGGACGAGCUUACUUACUGGAACGAAGUAACGUUGCUUGAUUUUCUUUCUGGAGGAGAUAAUGAACAGGCUCCUAAUGAUCAAGAUGGAGGUGCAGAUGAACAGGAUCAUGAUCAAGAUGUAGGCGCUAAUGAACAGGAUCAUAAUCAUAAUGGAGGCGCUAAUGAGCAAAAUGCUGAUCAAGAUGUAGGCACUAAUGGACAGGAUCAUGAUCAAAAUGGAGGCACUAAUGAGGAAAAUGCUGAUCAAGAUGGAGAUGCUAAUGAACAGGAUCAUGAUCAAAAUGGAGAUGCUAAUGAGGAAAAUGCUGAUCAAGAUGUAGGCGCUAAUGAGCAAAAUGUUGAUCAAGAUGGUGGAGAUGCUGAUGAACAGAAUGAUGAUGAAGAAGAUGGAGAUGCUAAUGAACAGGAUCAUAAUCAUAAUGGAGGCGCUAAUGAGGAAAAUACUGAUCAAGAUGUAGGCACUAAUGAGCAAAAUGUUGAUCAAGAUGGUGGAGAUGCUAAUGAACAGAAUGAUGAUGAAGAAGAUGGAGAUGCUAAUGAACAGGAUCAUGAUCAUAAUGUAGGCGCUAAUGAAGAAAAUGCUGAUCAAGAUGUAGGCGCUAAUGAGGAAAAUGCUUAGUUUAUCUUCUAAUUUCUUGAAGCAAGUCAACUGUCAGAGAUGCAUUUCCUUAACUGCAAUUGCAGUCGCUAUAUAAUCUUCUUUUUUCUAGAAGCUGGAGUUGCUUGACAGUGAAUGCUAGUGCACUUUAGUAAAAUCAUGACCUUGCUGUGGACUAAACUAUCAAGAUUGAGGCUCCAAUAAAGAUGUAAAUCAAUUGGCUGAUGAAAAUGCAGCCAUUUUUCUUAAUUAUGAUGUGAGUCCUAGUUAUAUGAUGUGA